AUGGGUGAUUUCAACACUGAAGCAUUUACUUUACUGGGCGUGGCUAUAGUCAUCAUCGGUCUGCGAACCACCGCAAGAUGGAUUAUGGUUGGUCCCAAAAACUUUCAGGCAGAUGACUAUCUGAUGUUACUUGCAUGUGUGGUAUACGGGCUUGAAACCGGUGCCGCAUACAUGGUGGGUGCGUGGUUCAUGGGACUCGCCAACAACUCAAUGACCGAUGAAAAUCGAGCAACUUUAUCACCAAGUUCUGAAGAGUAUCGUCUGCGUGUGGGUGGGUCAAAGGUUCAGGUCGCUGGCUGGUCCUUGUACACUCUUUUGCUUUGGCUGCUCAAGACAUGCAUGGCCAUUUUCUAUUCUCGAUUGACCGCAGGUCUGAUAAACAUGCGAGUUCGAAUUCACAUCGCAUAUGGUUUGAUUGCCGGGACUUAUAUUGCGACAAUCUGUUCGAUCCUCUUUGGAUGCCGUCCGUUGAACAAGAAUUGGCAAAUCAAUCCUGACCCUGGGAACUACUGUCAGCCGGCCGUGUCCAAGAUCGACAUCUACGUGACUGUGGUACUCAAUGUUGCGACCGACAUCUAUCUCAUCAGCAUACCGGCUCCGAUGCUUUUCAAAGCUAGAUUGAGAUGGCGGGAAAAGCUGGAACUUCUCAUUCUUUUCAGUGGCGGACUAUUUGUCAUGAUGGCGGGGAUUCUUCGCUGUGUCUUGAUCUUGACAGCUGGUGCCAAUGGUGCACAACAAGCUGGCAGCUGGGCCUGUCGUGAGACCUUUGUCGCUGUCGUCAUUGGCAAUGUCCCCAUGAUCUACCCUCUGUUCCGGCGCGUGGCCCGACGAGCUGGCUUGUAUAUCACCUCAAGGAAUGGAUCACAGAGUUACCCUGCCUAUGCUCUCUCGGAUGGCGACACUGGCGGCGGCGCUUAUGCUAAGCGCAAGAAGUUCCGCCAUCCCCUGUCUAUUCCAGCCGACACCCAAUGGAACACAAUAAGCGACGAGCAAAUGAUCUUGCCCACCUCUCGGCAGCAACCACCUACUUGCACUGCUGGUGAGGGUGAUUGGGAGACCCAUAGUCAGGGUAGCCAAGGUGGAGGUAUCACCGUGAUCCAUGAAACGAUUGUUCAUAGCAGAGAAAAGUCACCUGGGUUAUAG